UCUAAUAGCGAAUUCUUAUGCACCAGUUGAUGAAAACCGCGUGAAGUUGAAGUCAGGGGAAUACAUCAACGCGUCCCACAUCGAUGGCGGCUUCAUAGCAACUCAAGACCUACAGCAAACGACUGACGAUGACGAUCUCUUCUGGUCGAUGGUGUGGGAGCAUCAGGUGUCCAUCAUCGUCCGGCUGUCUGCGGAUGACAGAAAUCUCGGAAACAAACAAAUGGGCUGUGCCCCUUACCUGCCUCUGGACCGACGCUGGGUGUUCAACAACGGCAUUGAGGCGAGCGUCAAGGAGAAGAGGCAGGAGGAGGCCACGCACACCACCACCACCGUCGUCCUGGUGAAGACGGAGGGCGACUUGACCCUAAAAAAAUUUAAGGACAUCGGGGAACGGCAGGUGGUGCACUAUCACCUGAAAAACUGGAACGAAGGCAAUCCUCCCGAGCCGAUGAACUUCCUCAAAGUCCUGAAAACGAUCAGGGAACGCAAAUCAAACUCCAUGCUGUAUGAAGAAGACUAUGAAAAUAGGGUCCUAGUGCACUGCGGAGCUGGAGCGAACCGCAGCGGAGCUUUCAUCGCUGUCUGGAAGCUGAUGGACGACGUUGACCGAAACCAGAAGCCAAAUGUCUUCGCAACUGUGGAGAAACUGCGACACCAGCGCAUGCUCGCCGUCCAGACUCUGAGGAUGUAUUGCUACAUCCAUGAAUGCAUCGACUUUUACGUUGAAAACAAGAAAAUUCUCAGUGAAGACCGCGCCGGAUCACCGUAAACCUGCUCCGCUCCGCAUUUGACUGGUGUAAUCCCACCACACGCCACAGGCAGAAGCGCAUCUGGCCCAACCUAUUCCACCGCGCCCCGGCUCCCUCCCUCCCGCAGCCAGAAGGCUUUCCUCGCUCGCUGAUCAGUUGUGCGCCAGGCGCUAUGGAGACAGGCCUUGACAGGGUUUGCAUGAAUUACUCUUCGAUUAGCUCGUCUUUGUUCGUUAUAUACGCACUUGACGCUGUUGGAAAUUGUUUCUGCCCGAUACAUUAUUCCAGAUGAUGCAUAAAGAGAAGUCGAACAUUUGCUAUCCUCUGGUGGUUCACUCAAAUGGCUAAUUCAAUGAAUACUUAGCAUAUAGAAUCAAGCGCAGAAUAGCCGCUAUAAGUUUCACAAAUCGCCAUCUAUUAAUAAUUUUAAGAGGAUAUGACCUGCAAGCGGUUUGGCUUUCUCUUUUGAUUGAGCUUAAAUUUGUUGUAAUUUGUUAAACAGAUUAUGGUAUGAAUCUUUUCAAUGAAGGUAGGGUAAAUUUAAUUGAAAUCUUUUUGCUUUUAAAUUCUUGCCAUAACUU